GUCCCGGUAGGACUUGAGGGGCCAGGAAACCCGAGAGGCGCCAUGGGCCGGAUCACAGAAGAUCUUAUUAGACGAAAUGCUGAACACAAUGACCGUAUAAUUUUUUCCCUGGAGGAACUCUCCUUGCAUCAGCAGGAAAUAGAAAAACUAGAACAUAUUGACAAAUGGUGCCGGGAUUUAAAAAUUCUCUAUCUUCAAAAUAAUCUUAUUGGAAAAAUCGAAAAUGUUAGUAGACUGAAGAAACUUGAAUAUUUGAAUUUAGCUUUAAACAACAUUGAAAAAAUAGAAAAUUUGGAAGUAUUUAAGUGGUUGGAUGGUAAAGAAAUAGAGCGUUCAGAAAGGAUUCAGGCAUUGCAAAACUAUCCAGUAAUUGAACAACAAGUCAGAGAACAGGAAAAUGCUUACUGCCUAAAACGAGCCAAAGACAAAGAAGAGGCUCAGAGGAAACUUCGAGAAGAGCAUGAAGAUGAAGACAAGAGGCAGAGAAAUAACCCAGGCUUUGACGGACGUUGGUACACAGACAUCAAUGCUACACUUCCAUCUUCUUUGGAGAGCAAAGAUCACCUCCAGGUACCAGAAAUACAAGAAGAAGAACAUAACAAAAAGAAAUUAGAUGAAAGCGAAGACGACCUGGAAUUCUGGAAUAAGCCCUCUUUGUUUACUCCUGAAUCUAGACUGGAAACUCUUAGACAUAUGGAAAAGCAAAGAAAAAAACAAGAAAAAUUAAGUGACAGAAAGAAGAAAGUGAAGCCACCUAGGACUUUGAUCACAGAAGACGGGAAAGCCCUGAAUGUAAAUGAGCCCAAACUUGAAUUCUCUUUGAAAGAUGAUGAAAAACGUAACCAGAUCAUACUGGACCUUGCUGUCUAUAGGUAUAUGGAUACCUCUUUAAUUGACGUCGAUGUGCAGCCAACGUAUGUGCGAGUAAUGGUCAAAGGCAAGCCAUUUCAGCUUGUCUUUCCUGCAGAAGUCAAACCUGAUAGCAGCUCUGCUAAAAGAUCUCAGACAACAGGGCAUUUGGUAAUCUGCAUGCCCAAGGUAGAAGAAAUAAUCACAGGUGGUCGACAAACAUUCAAGUCCAUGAAAACUACCUUGGACAGCGGCAGAGAACAAACAAGCUCAAGAAGCAAAUGCAUUGAAAAACUAGAAGUGGAUCCUAGCAAGCAUUCAUUCCCUGAUGUGACUAACAUCAUUCUAGAGAAAAAACACACACCCAGAAGACUGGGAUCUGAACCCAAAAUUAUACCCAGUGAGGAAGACCCAGACUUUGAAGAUAACCCUGAAGUGCCUCCGUUGAUUUGAAACAUCAGACUGCCUUGUCAUUGGCUGUGACCCACUAGGGCCAGUUUUUGUUGGUGCAGAGACAGGAUGCAUGUUAUUUAUGGGGAAGCACAGAGUUAUUCAUCAUUAUUACUACUCCAAUGUUUAACUUUUAUUUUGUACAGUAAUAUUCUUAAACUAGUUUAAAAGUAAAGUGUAUACCUUAAAUGAUGUAACUCAACCAUUUGUCUAUAACAAAGGGUUGGUGUUGAAAA